AUGGCUCAACAAUUAUCAAUUUAAAGAUUAUUAAGAGAAUACGACAAGUUGUAAAAAUUGAAAAAUAAUUAAUUUAUUUGUGAACCAAAUCCUGUGAAUAUUUUUGAAUGGCAUUUUGUGAUUUAUAAUUUGACUGAUUUUUUUGAAGGAGGCUAUUAUCAUGGAAUAUUAUAGUUGCCUCCAGAUUAUCCAUUAAAACCUCCAACAUUAAAAUUUAUUACUCCAUCAGGGAGAUUUGAAGUUGGAAAACCUGUAUGUCUGUAAUGUGAUAAUUAAUCAUAAGAUCAUUUACAAAUUUUCACCCUGAAAGCUGGAGUUCUGCGUAAACAAUUGAAUCAAUGAUGAUUUCCAUCAUUUCAUUCAUGUAUACAAAUGAAAAUACAACUGGAGGAAUAUUAAGUAGUCCAUAAGAAAAACAAAGGUAAGCUUUAAAUUCUAAAAAAUUUAAUUUAUAAAAUGAACAAUUUACAAAGAUCUUUAAAAAGCAUUUUGAUAAGUUAAAUUUGACUGACAAAUAUUUAGAUAAUUAUAUUAACAAUGAUAAUCAAAAAAAUUUAAAUGCAAAUAUAAUAGUGGAAGAAGAAAGUUCAAUAACAGUCAAAUAGUUUUUUAUAGGUGGUACCAUUAUAUUAUUAUUGAUCUAUAUGUUUUUAUAAAGUAUAGUUGAAUGA